AUGCAAAAAUCAGCAACUCAUGAAGUACGAUCAUUUGAUCAUGAUAAGGGUCUUUUCCAAGUUACCACUGGUCGUGGGAAUCGCCCUCCCGGAAAGGGGGGUAAGAAACAUAAUGUGGAUUUGGUUCAAAAAACAUGCACAUGUGAGAAACUUGUCAUAUACAAGCUGCCAUGUUCUCAUGUUCUAGCGGUUUGUCGAGAUAGAAACUUGUCAUAUGCCUCUUUUAUCGAUUCAUAUUUCAGUACACGUGAGUAUAGGCGGACAUAUAUUAAAAGCUUCAAACCUCUUGCUGAUGAUGCAUAUUGGUCUCCUGUUGUGGGUCCAAGAAUUAUUGCUGACAAGAGCAAAAAACGAGAUAAAGUCGGACGGCCUGUAUCUACUAGGAUAAAUAAUGAAAUGGAUGAAGGUGCACGUACCAAGAACAAAACUGCUUAUAGUAUAUGUCGGCAAAUAGGUCAUAAUGCACGUACUUGUCCUUCUAAGAGUAGUGUCAGAUCAUCGGGGUCUCAUGGAGCUGUUGAUCAGACCUGA